AUGAGCAUUAUUGCGAAACGUGAAACUAUAAUGGAAGCAAAACGAAAACUUUUGGCGAACAUCUGUAAACCUCGUGAUUUUUACGAACAAGAUGUGCUGGAGAAAUGCUCUCAAGAUUGCAGAUGGAAAGUCUUGAUGUUCCUGUUGCUCGCCAAUGUGACUGGAGCAACAAUUUUAAUGUCUCCAUUAAUAAAGCAAAAUAAAACCAUACUUCCCUUACGUGGAUGGUAUCCUUACAGCUUGGAUACUAAAGUAAUGUUUUGUAUUACUUAUAUUUAUCAAAUUGUAGCUGUUCUAAUGUCUGUCUGCAUAACAGCAUCCGUUGAAGGUCUCGCCUUGACUCUAAUGUUACAAAUUUCCGCACAAUUAGAACUUUGCGUACAUCGAAUACAAUUUCUUCCAAAAAUAUGUAAAAAAUUCAACUCCGAAUUGUACAUUCGUCAGGGGGAGUCAAAACUCAUAAAAGAUUGCGUGAAACAUCACAAGCAUAUAUAUUUAAUGGGGAAAAAUUUAAAUAACCUAUUUAGUGGGGUGAUAUUCGUACACUUUUUUGCCUCAGUCGCAAGUCUCUGUGUUAUUAUAUACCAACUCUCAAGAUUAGGUACAAAAGAUCCAACAUAUUGGAUAAUGAUAUCAUCUGUUGGUACAAUUUUAACGCAAACUUUUUUAUACUGUUACUAUGGAGAGAAGAUUAUCGAAAAGAGCAUGGAAGUUGCGGAUUCUAUUUAUGAAAUCAAUUGGAUCAAUCUGAAAAAUACAACGAAACGAGAUCUUAUUGUCAUGAUGUUGAAAGCCGCGAAACCUAUACAAUUAGCUGGUGCAUCAAUUAUGGUCAUGUCUAUAAAAACUUUUAUUAAAAUUUUGAGAUCAGCUUACUCGGCGUAUAACUUGUUGGCAAACAUUUGA